CUAUUAGCAUUGUUUCCUUUCCAUUGCUGAUAUAUGACAAAACACCCGUAGCCAUCCAAUAAGACCACCACACACACACACACAUUUCUUCAAACUCACUCCUUUCUUUCCAUUCCCUCACUUUCACACCCACAAGUCACACCCACUUGGUUCCUUCCUCCACCCCAUUAUUUUUUUCUCUUUUUUUCAUCCAAACAUGUCCUCCACACACCCAAAAAACCCAGCAACGACAACAACAUCCACUACUCUCAUCGUGCUCUCAAUUAUACUCCUUUGUUUUCCGACAACCGCAAAAACCGACAACCCUCCAUGCCCUUAUCCGUGUUACCCACCACCCAUUGGAACGGUUACUCCCACCACUCCUUCAGGUGGUUCCACUGUUCCACCAGCACCACCUCAACCCGGAUUACUAUAUCCACCACCUUCUGGGAAUUACCCUUAUUACCCCACACCACCUUACGGCGGCGGCGGUGGUGUUGGCAGCAACGACGGUAGCGGUAGCGGUAGUGGUGGUUUUGGCAGCCCACCACCACCGGACCCUAUUCUACCCUACUUUCCAUUCUACUACAGAAAGCCUCCUCACAAGCCAGAAGACAAUUCAGCAUCAACAACCACUAUGUACAAAUGGACAGGGAUGGUUGGUAUUACUAGUCUAUUAUCUUCAUCUUUGCUUCUUCUCUUUGUAUAACUCUCAUGAAUCAUGAUCAAAAUCUUCAUGUAAUAUCUAAACAGUUAAUUUAAUGCUUGUUAAUUUAAUGGUAUUUUUUAAGAUUUUUUUUUAAUAUA